AUGGCUGGUUCUGGCAUGAUGAUUCUGGCGUGGAUCGUAUUGUUUUUAUCAGUUAAUCUGGCUGAAUGCGUGCCAGAGAAGCCAAAGAGAUCCGCUCUGAACCAGCUGACCCGAACCCUGCUGAGGAAAUAUGACAGUGGAGUUCGACCUGUCCACAACUGGACCAGCUCUACUACGGUCUACAUUGACCUCAUCCUGCAGUCUGUCCUCGAUGUGGAUGGAAAGACCCAGAGCAUUACUACAAGCAUUUGGUACAGACAGAUCUGGAGGGAUGAGUUCCUCGUCUGGGACCCGGAGGACUUUGACGGCAUCACUGAGCUCUCUCUCUCCUCUGACGCCAUCUGGGUGCCUGACGUCAUCGUCACCGAAUUUGUGGAAGAGGGAAAGUCCCCUCCCAUCCCCUACGUUUACGUCAACUCGUCUGGUUCUGUGAGGAACUACCGGCCCAUCCAGGCGGUGCUGGCGUGCAGCUUGGAGAUGUACGCCUUUCCUUUUGACAGGCAGAACUGCAGCCUCACCUUUCGCAGCUGGCUUCACUCAGUGAAAGAAAUCGACCUGGCUCUGUGGAGGAGCGCAGAGGCCAUAGCGGGCGAUAAGAGGGAGUUCAUGAACGAUGGCGAAUGGGAACUGCUGUCCGUUCCAUCCCAGUACUGGCAUAUCCGCCAAGACGACGCCGACUAUGCUCAGAUCCAGUUCAACCUGCUGAUCCGCCGGCGCCCCCUGCUGUACGUGGUCGGCCUCCUCAUUCCCAGCAUCUUCCUCAUGCUGGUGGACGUGGUGAGCUUCUGCCUGCCUCUGAACAGCGGGACGAGAAUCGCCUUUAAGAUCAGCAUCCUGCUGGGUUACACCGUCUUCAGGGUCAACCUGACAGACGAACUGCCCGCCACCGCUCGCAGGACUCCUCUCAUUGGUGUGUUCUUCGCGGUGUGCAUGGCCAUGCUGAUGCUCAGUCUCAUCAAGUCCAUAUUGGUGGUGAAGCUGCUGCAUCACAGCGAGAAAGAGGUCAAGCAAAUGUCACUGUCUGCCUGCCUGCUGGACCGGUACGGCUCAGCCGGCCACAGCCUCAGCGAGAGCGCUUUGACCUCCAUCAAAACCCUCGACAACAUCUACGCGCCUGGAGAUUAUGAGCUUGAAAGCUCCCUGGAGGAAGAUCUCCUGUCCCUGAAUGACGUCCCAGAUCCUCCCUCUGGCCUGGAGUUUCUUCUCCAGGAACUGGUUUCCCUUCGGAUGGCUUUUUCCCAGGAGGACAGCGAGUCUUCAGCUCAGGUCGAAUGGCUGUCGCUCUGCCUGCGGCUCGACCGCUUGCUGUUUCGCCUCUACCUGCUGGUUUUAGCCGUGUACACCGGUACGCUGCUGCUGCUGUGGGCCAGAUGGAGCUUCACUUGA